AUGUACAUUCGCGUCUUUUCCAUUGCCCCAACCCCUCCCUCUCUAUGCUUCACACCCCUGAUGCCCUGCCAUCAGGAUGCUAUCCAGCACUGCCAUUUCCGGCUCCAUCCCCUCCACCAUCUCGGCUCUCUCCUCCCUCACCUUUUUGUCAGCGCCCUCCCUCUCUCCCAUCCCUGCCAAGGCCGUUUUUUAGAUGAGGAACUUCACGUGUCAUCCCGUCAUCCUGUCCACGUGGCAAUGCACUGCAUUCCAGCGAAGCGGCCAACACUAACCUCCGUGGCUCUAUCCCCAAUACUAUUGGUCAUCUCUUCAAUCUCCACUACGUGUAUGUGGGGUGGGGGGAAGUUGUGA